AUGGAACUUCUUUCGUGGAGGCGGUACGACGACAAGUACGGGCUCUCCCAGGUCCUCACGGAGGCCGCACGCUCCUGCGUCGAUGCGCAUACCUCGCGGCCGAAGGAGUACCUUGCCGCGUACUUCACCGAAAAGUGUUCCGGCGACGAGAUCCGGGACAUCUUCACACGCCCCGUGUAUCUUCCUAACGGCUCACUUGUGCUUCGACUGACGCUGCAGCUAUUGAACGGGAUGGAGGCGGAGGCCACGGCGUUUGUGCAGCCCUCACUCCUUGAGGAUGACACUGGCGCAGAUGAAACCGUCGACCCCACCACCUACACUGCAGAGGCGCUUCAAAAAAAUUACUUCCCCCGUCUGCUUCAGUGUGGUGCACGAGACCAAGAAGGGUUUGACAAGACGCUGCACCAAAUUUGUUUCUCCGCUGAUCAGAUGGAUCUUGGGGUGAGUGUGAUGUUCGGCUUGAGCUCCCUGGCGGCCUCUGCGGCUGCGCGCUGCGCCUCCAUGUCGUUGUUUGCGUACUUGCGCCGCCACUUUGCCGCCUUCGAGGAAAAUGAGAAAUUUGCCAUUUCCCAGCUGUGCGUGAAUUUCUUUGGUCCUGAAAACAUCUCGACGGCUCGUCUCGCACUGAAGGAUGUUCUUCUCAUUCCAGCCAUGCCUGAGGGUUCCCUGCGGUCUGACAUCGUUCAAAAGAUUUUUGCCGUGUUUCACCACUUCCGCCGAGCACACAACACCAUGAUGCGCUCUGACGGUUCGCUCGCAUUUGAUGACUUUGAUAAUGUGACAAGCGCCGUGAACUUGGCCGAGGAAGCAGUGCGUGCGGUGGGUCUCACACCUGUGACUGAUAUUUGCAUCGGCCUACGCUUUGCCGCUGCUGUUGUUCCGUCGUCGUCGUCGGGGACCGUAGCAUCAAAUGUGGCUGCAGGGAAAGAAAACAAGGACACGGCAGAUGUGAUGUACGCACUUUUUCCAGGCGACAUGGACGUGUCCGGGGCACAAGUAUCUGAGUACGUGCGGGAGCAGUUGCAAAACCGCACCGACUUUGUGGUUUACGUGGAGGACACACACUGCGACAAGGAUACCACCGGUUUGCGGCGUUUGCAGGCACACCUGGGCGAAUACCUGACCGUGUCUGGUCGUGAUCUUUACGGUCGAAGCCAGUACAAGGCUGUGGAGGAUGGGCUUCGUAAUCUAUGGACGUCGAACUUUGUUCUGGAUCCUGGCGCUAUAGGGACGUUGUCCGACGUUCGUGAGAUUGUGCGCCGUGUGAAGGAGUCGGACGGGCGUCGUGUGAGUUUUGUGGCGCAGGAUCUAGUGGGAAACGCGGCCAUGAUUGCGCACCUGUCGGUUGCCAUGGAUGCCCGCUUCCUGUGCAUGGGUGGGCUCUUGAGCACUUCGCAGUGCGAGGUGUUGUCGCAUCUCAUGUCUAUUCAGGCUGAGUUGCUGCACUCAACCGCUCUCUGUCGUGAGGCACCGAAGCUCGCCUGCAUGGAGCUUCCGAAGCUUCCUGCUGCUGUGGUGCCGGAGAUCAAGCGCCGGAUGGACAGGAAAAAGCGUAAGAAGUAA